UGCGAGACAACAGAAGAACUGCAACAAAACCCCCUUCGUUUGCUCAUGGAAAAAGCACACAGCACCCAACAUUUCUCGGAAACCAUUUGAGACUCUCAAGUAUAAGCAUUUUCUCACAGACAGAGGAGUCACAUUCGGCCUACGGACAUCCACAGACGCCGAUCUGCCAGAAAAAGUACACCCAGAUGUCCGCGUUUGUAUUUUAUGAAGGUGAAUUUAUUUUGUAGCCCAUUAGCAAAGCGACUUCCUCUUAAAGAACAGAUGCCUCGCUAAGCUGUGUAAAAGUGGAUUAUAACGCGACUUAUAACGCGUUUACAAGUUUGACAGCUUGGAAGCUGAUUAUGGUAAUUGAUACCAACUGGUGAGAAGCAUGGAGCUGUACUGGUACAUAGUCGUCAUAAUAUUUAUUAUGAUUAAGAUCUUCUUCUACAUCUGCUGGUAUCGCUCAAGGCAAAGGCAGCUCGCUGCGUACCUCAGUAAUCCCCGAAAUGCUCAGAUAGUCAUUGUGGGAGGACGAGCAUACCUUCAUCAGAUCUGUGAGAGACAAAAUACAUCAAUCUGGCCCAAUUGGUACGGAGUUCAGGACGACGGCUCGGUGGGCGAACCCUCCGCCUCUCUGCCACCAUCUUCCUCGCUUUCUCAUCUGGACAUGCCUCCUCCAUAUGAGGCGGUGUCUGGAGCAAAUGACCUGAAGCCUCCUCCGUACAGUGAAUAUGCUCAAAACGAUGACACCGACACCUCCCUGAGCAUCGCCAUCCCGGACGCCAAUGAUUCCAGUGUAAUUAGCGAUGCCCCGCCCCCUUACACACCCAGCGUCACCUCUCCAGCCAAUCAGCAAGUAGACACCCACAGCCAGAGCCAAUCACUGUCAGAGGGAAGGUCCAGUUAGACCUCUGUACACAAACACAACAAGGUCUAAGCAAAGGCUUAAGCCCCUUUAGAUCUUGUUUUUUUUUUGUCUU